CUCAUGGGAGUUGUAGUCGAUGGGUGGUGAUACUUGAUGAACGCGAACGACAUAAUCGUUGUUUUAUCGUUCAAAUGGAAAGGUUAUCGAUAUAUAUGAUCACGUGCAGCGGCAGCCCCCAGCCUGGCAGAUAACGUGAGCAGAGUUCCUCCAGGUCCUGGUCCUGCGUUGGAGAAAGUUCGCUGAGGGAGAGUGUCGGUGCUCCGCAGCGGAGCCCGGAAGCAGGGCGGGACCUCGGCUCUUCAUAAACAUGGCCGCUAAGUCCCUUCGCAGCAUCAAGUAGUGCGCUCGGUUGAAUUUCGUCCGACUCUGAGGAAGUCACUGCGGGUGAAGUGGUGCGGCAACGGGCGGACAGACGACGUGGACACGCACCGGGGGCGUCUCUGGAGCCUUUUAACCGCUUCGUGUCGGCGUUCGCAAAACUUCUCGUAGUACUUUAUGCUAGCUAGCUAACGAAGCUAACGCCGACGUCUUCAACGUUAACUUCUGUCAACUUUUUUUUUUUUUUUUCUUUUUUUUUCCCUCCUCCCCUCUCUCCCCCGCUCAGCCAGCGAGCUGUGAUCUGCCACUCGACGGCCUCGCGUAAUGGAGCAGUGCCGUCGGUCGCCCUGCUCGUCUGGAUGAGUCGGUCACACGGGGACGUCUCGGGUUCACUCGGCUGCACGAUUCACCAGAACUUUCUCGGAGGUUUCCGUCUCCUCUUCUCUUUUUUUUUUCUUUUUUUUUUUUUCUUCCUUUUGCAGGUUGCCCGUUCAGGGACAUCACUGUGAGGGGCGGACAGAAACAAUGUUCUCUGUCAAGCCCAUCAAACCGACAUUCAAGUGUUACCUCCCUCCUCUCCAGACCGAUGUGAAGAAAACUAUUGAACCACCGAUUAAAAAGUUGGAGCCCAAGUUACUCCCAGGGGAGAUCGUAGUGAAUGAGGUGAACUUUGUGAGGAAAUGCAUCAGCGCUGAAAGCAGCCAGGAAGACCUCUGGGGGAAGUUGAUAUGCACCAACUUUAAGGUCUCCUUCAUCCUCCAGGAUGCUCCGCCUAAACAGAAGUCCCACUUGUCCCACCUGCUGCUUGGAGAGCACGACAUCCCCCUGACCUGCCUGGAGCAAGUUGUAACAGUGAAUGAUACAAGGGGGAAGAAGAAAGUGUUGGGGUCAAACCAGAAGCUCAAGUUCAACCCCACUGAACUCAUUCUGUACUGCAAAGACUUGCGCAUCUUAAGGUUCUGCUUUGAUGAGGCCGGGCCUGAGAGUGCCAAGAAGGUUUGCCUUGCUAUCGCCCACUAUUCCCAUCCAGCUGAUCUCCAUCUUCUGUUUGGCUUUGAGUAUCAAGGACGGCGAUACCAUGAAUCUAAAGAGGCAAGAGUCAAUGGUUCCACCCCUCGAGGAGGAUUACGGACCCCCAUUUUUGACCGUCCAUCCGACUGGGAUCGGGAGAUCAAGAGAACGAGUGCUUCAGGGUGGAGGGUGUGCUCCGUCAACGAGAGCUUUGACAUCUCAAAAAGUCUUCCAGAGUAUAUCGUGGUCCCAGUUUCUCUGGCUGAUCAAGAUCUAAAGCGGUACUCCAUAUUCUUCACAGACCAACGCCUCCCUCUCUGGUGCUGGAACCACCCCAAUGGGAGUGCUCUUGUCCGCAUGGCCAGCAUAAGUGAUCCAGUACAGCAGAGAAAGAUUGAACAGAGGGUCUUUACUGCCAUCACAAAGAGCCACCCACAGCGCAGUGAUGUCUUCAAGUCUGAUCUGGACAAGUGUCUGCCGAACAUCCAGGACAUCCAAAGUUCCUUUGUCAAAGUCAGGCACAUCUGUGUCAUAGAUCCUUUUGAGGAGUCUGAGGAAAGGUGGCUUUCAUCUAUUGAAACCUCACGAUGGCUGGAGCACGUCAGGGCCUUUUUGAAACAUUCAGCUGAGAUAGUUUACUGCCUGGAUGGAAAGAAUGCCUCCGUUAUUCUCCAAGAGGAAGAAGACAGGGACUUGAACUGUGUAGUAUCCUCACUGGUGCAGCUCAUGUUGGACCCUCAGUAUCGCAGCUUGACUGGCUUUCAGAGUUUGGUGCAGAAGGAGUGGGUGAUGGCCGGCCAUCGCUUCUUGGACAGAUGCAACCACUUAAAGAAGAAUGACAAAGAGGAGUCCCCACUGUUCAUGCUGUUCCUGGACUGCGUGUGGCAGAUGAUGAACCAGUAUCCAGCAGCAUUUGAGUUCACAGAGACCUAUCUGACAGUACUGAGUGACAGCAUGUGGAUUCCACUCUUCAGUACUUUCCUUUUCAAUUCUCCCAAACAACGCGCCCAGCACUUAAUAGACUUUGCCAAGAACAAAGCCAUCCCUGCAGGAGAAGACCAGGCUGUGUAUUUCCCUCCUGUUUGGGACUGGUCGCAGCAGUUCUCCACUAAAGACCAAACCCUCUUUAACAACCCCAUGUACGUAGGCAAAGGGGCCGCCUGUGUUCAGAAUGGGGAAGUCAAAACUUUCACACGCACAAAGCAGAGAAAUUACAGUUCCUCAGUGCGAGCGACACCAUCCUCUCUGCGCAAUGGACUGAAGGGGGGAGAGGAAACACUGACCCGGCGGGGAUCUCUGUUGUCAGAGCUGAAGCCUGACUUCUCACCGGUGAAAGUCGAAAGCCCAUCAGAGCGCUUCUUCAGGGACUUGUUCUCUCAGCCUGCUGACCAGCGGGGCCUCCUGAUUCCCCUGCUCAUGCCCUCACACGUGGCCCUUUGGAAGCUCUACUUUCUUCGCUGGGUUCCUGAAGCCUGCAUUCCCAAAGGAGGCCCCAUCACUGCCUUCCACAAGCUCUCCCAGUUGGUGGAUGAAAUUGAGAUACUGCAGAGUCAGCUCAGGCAGUAUAAGGGACCCAGUCCGGGCAGCACGCCACUCCCCAGCCCGGGUGGGCCCCCUGUAAACCAAAGGAGGAUGUAUUUUAAGGCCAGUCCCCAGAAUGACCCCCCUACACCUCCAGACUUCCUUACCUCCUCUUUUCCUUUCACCCCGAUGGGAAAUCUGUGUCGCCGCAGUAUCCACGGGACUCCCAUUAGUAAAUUUCUAAAUGGGGCGAGGAUCUGGCUCUCGACAGAGACUCUUGCCAAUGACACUGUGUGAGAGUGUGGGGCUUUUUGGCUCACUUCUCUGAGCCCUAGUGCAGGUCUGCUUAACAACUAAUCAUCUUAUUUUCUAUUACCUCUUUCUUAAAUACCAAGAGUGAAAAUGAGAAAUAGAAAAAAUCUCACAUUGGACUUCUGAUUUCUAAUUAUCUAUAAGCUAGAAUAGGCACCAUUGAUGCUGCAUUGAAAUCUGAGGUAAUUUCUAAAGUGAAGUGUCACCUUUUGGACUCAAUCCUCAUCGUCCAUUACAGCUGAGGAAAUCAGACUGACGGAAGCGCAUUCUCCUUACUGGCCAGUGAGUUCUUACUGUGAGGCGUCCGCUGAAUGAGAAAGAUCAACAGCUCUAUUUUAGAUGUAUAUUCUUGUCUACUCUAGUCUACUCUUGUCAACUGCUCUACUCGAGCAAACUGUAUGACCCACAAACAAUCGCUUUUUCAGAUAUUAAGUAGACGAGGCUGAAGACCUCCUUUCCACUGCACGUUUAGCUUUGUGUAUGACACCGAUGCUCUUGACAGUUAGGUUGAUCUUUCUUUGAAUUCAUCAUCGGACAGUAAGACUUCUCCACUGUAAUGGAAUUACGAUACUUGAAAUUAGAAAAUGCUCCAUUUUUAUUGCAGCAACAAUUCUGCAUUUCACUGAACACUGAUUUCUUAGUACUCCAUUUGUUUCUGCCUUCCAGGAAAUUCAACCGAAGAUGUAACUUAGAUGUUUUAAUCUGUUUAGAAAGAGUAACAGAAAAUAACACUGCUAACAACUAUUCCACUAUAUGGAAGAGGAUCUGGUCUGGUUGAAUGUAUGGAGCAUGUUGGGUUUUUUUUGUUUGUUUUGCACAAACAUAAUUCUAUUUGCUCUAGGUCGAUAUUUUAAUGGUUGUAAUGCGAUUUUGUUUGGUGUAAAUAGCAAAUUGUGUGAUUUCAGGGUCUUGCUUUGAAGAUGUACUCUAUUUUUGAAGCAGAGAUAAGGGCCUAUAUAUUUUUAGUAUCACAAUGCAGGUGAUGCUGAGGGGAAAGAGGAACUGUCAGGACUUCAAUCUGUGGUAGAUGUUUCCUUUUCUCUUUUGAAGGGGUUUUAUUAAACUUUACUAGAGGCCUUCUGGUAAGGCACCGAGGAGAAACCUUAGACGAAUAGUAGCUGAAUGGGUGAAUAUUUGAAAGCAAAGGGACAGAUAAGGGCUUUGACUCAAACCAGUCCCUAGUUAAGUGCAUAGUGAAUUGAAUUUCAGGCACUGAAGUCACUGAUCCGUUGGCCAUCAGCUGGUGGAUGUCAACUGCACUGUGUGUAAUUUUGACAUUUCCAAAUGAGAUGCCAGUGAAGUCAGUUGUCUAUCCUUCAAAUCUGUAGUGUUACUAAAAAGUGAAAAACCUUUAUAGAAUUACAGCGUUAUAUGUAUACACUGUUAAACAUACUGUAUCUGGCUAUAACAAUGCGUUUGUAAUAACAUUACUCACUGUUGUUACUUUUCUUCGUAAUGAUAUUCUAGUAUUGAUAAGAUAGCAAAUACAAUGAAGUUACUGUACUUCCCGUUAGGGUGGUGAUGGUGAGGUCGGUCCGCAAACAUGCUCCCAGCUAUUACUGAUGCAGUUAGGGAAAUGUCUUGAGAGCUGCACUCCCAGUGCGCUACAGAUUUUUUGGGGCAUUUUUAAAAAAAAUGUCUCCCUGGGAAGUUGGCUAGCAGCUGAGCUAGGGACUGGUUUGAGACACGUCUGGGGACAUGGAUCAGUCAUCCGGAGCCCCUUUUAAGAAAACUGGUAAGAAACUAGCACUGUUUAAUCUUUUUGAUGUCUUAUUAACAACAACACAGCUUUUAUUAUCAAAGCUCUUUGUCAUUAUGAAUAUAACACCACUGGACAGACUGAUUAUGUGUCCUACAUUGAUCCUUUAGAUGCUAGAUUGACCAGUUUCAAGUGAUAUUCAGACAUGAUUCUUUGGCAAUAAUUUGUUCAGGUGUUUUUUUUGUUGUUAUUUUAGCAUACCUGUAGAUGUGUAUAAUGGGAGUGUUCUCCUAAUCGCAAUUCAUUGCACAUUUUACUCAAUAUAUAGAAUAGUUUGUUUUCAAGGUGGUUUUGAAUAUAAUUUUGGCAAAUAUAUUAUAAAUACUGUAUAUGCUUGAAAUCUUCCAAUUAAUAUUUUUGAUUAACGGUACUAAAUAACUUUUAUCCUUGAUUUAGUCUUUAUAUUUUAUGGAGAGAUAUUUAUAUACUGUGUUUUUCCCCCCACUAAUUCUCAAUGUUGCACUCUGCUAUAAUUGUAUGAUGACCGUGUUUACUCCCUGGCACUGUUUGAUAUGGAUUAGCAGCAGAUGUAUUUAUUCAGUUAUGCAAAUGUUCUCUUAGAGGGAUGCAGUGUCUACUGCACAUCCCCUGUGCCUUUCUGGAAAGAUUGUCCAUUUCUGUAACUGUGUUCUAUAUUAGUUGGCUGAUUUCAAUUUGACAAACUGAUGGUUUUUAUCGAUUCUAGUUAAAUUCAGAGGUACUGCACUGAAGCUGUUUUUCCUCAACAGAAAAUAAGGCUCAAAUGCGUACUAGUAACCAAUCAUUACAUUAUUUUUCAAAUGAAA